UUUCGAAGCUCACACAGGUGCGCGCGCGCGCGCGCUUGUUGAUUACACACCAGUGAAUCUGCCGCGUGCUCGAACUGUGCCAGUCCGCUAAACUAAAGCCGCUGCCUGUUGCCAUAGCGACAAGACCCGGAAAUACACCGUGAUCAGCUUACUACGUGUUUAUCAGAGGGUAUCAAACUCAUAACGGUAGAGUUUUUGUUGUUGUUGUUUGUUUGUUUUUUGUUUAUUUGCUUGUGCGUAAAUAAACAGUAGAUAUGUCGGAGCCCGAGGAGCUGCCGCAGAGAGAACAGCGAGAGAGUACGAAGAAGAAGAAGAAAACGAAGCGGAGUGGGAAAAAGAAGAAGGAGCAGCGGGAAGGAGAGGAGCAGGUGGAGUUUGAGCAGGAGGUGCAGAGUGUCAGUGAGUGCGUUGUGCUGCACGGGAUCUUCAAACUGGGCAAGAAGAGUCACGACGUCCUGCUCACCCGAACCAAACUGACCUGGACGCCUAUCAUCCCGGAGAACCCCACAGGUGAGACUGGUGUCCCACAGUCAGGUGAGGUGCUGCUGCAAGACAUAUUUGCAGUGAAGGUGAAGCGGAGGCGAGCUGCGGGCCAGGAGUCAGGGGGACCCGUGCUUGGUGUGGCUCUCUUCUGGUGUAGGAGGAAAGGGAGAAGGCUGGAGGAGGACACGCUGCACCUCCACAAUGCCUCCUCAGAACACACACACACCUGGUACAACACCCUGAAGGAGCUGCUCACAGGGUUCAGCAACCGUCCUACAAAUCUGAAGGUCUUCAUCAACCCUAGCAGCCACAAGAAGGAGGCCGUUCACAUCUACAGAGACCACGUGGCUCCUCUAUUCAAGAUGGCUGACAUCCAAACUGACAUCACAGUAACAGAGAGGAAGGGUCAUGCUCUCUCAGUGAUAAAGGAAUGCAAACUGGAUGAAUAUGAUGGGGUGGUGUGCGUCGGUGGAGAUGGUUCAGUUGCAGAGUUGUGUCAUGCUCUGGUCCUCAGAGCCCAGCUGGAUGCAGAUUCCCCAGAAAAACCAGUGAGAGCCACACUGCCACUGGGAAUCAUCCCAGCUGGUUCCACAGAUGUGGUUUCCUGUUCUGUUCAUGGAGUCAGAGAUCCAGUCACUGCAGCCCUCCACAUCGUCUUGGGUCACCUGCAGCAGGUGGACAUGUGCAGCUUCUCGUCUCAUGGCCAGUUGGUGUGCUUCGGUUUCUCUGCCAUGUUUGGCUUUGGCGGGCGGAGUUUAGCGAGGGCAGAAAAGAAGAGAUGGAUGCCAUCGUCACGACGGCGAGAGUAUGCUCUGGUUAAGACGCUGGCUAGGCUGAGACCGGAGGACUGUCAGCUCUCCUUUUUAUCAGCAAGGAAGUCAAACAGCAAUUUGUUUGUACAGCGAGAUAAGGACCAGGACCAAGACCAGGACCCAAAGUCCGAGGGGGAGGAGUCCUGGGUGACCAAUCAGGGCCUGUAUCUGAGCAUCAGCAUCAUGUCUAUCCCUUGCCUGAGUCCACACGCACCUCAAGGACUAGCUCCAAACACCAGUUUGGCAAAUGGCAGUGCAGCGCUGAUUGCGGUCGGAAACACCUCCAGGUCCGAGUUUAUUAAACACCUAAAGAGAUACAGCAGCUCUACUGGACAGUUCAACUUCUCCUUCGUGGAGACGCAUGCUGUGUCAGCAGUGAAGAUCCGCCCCUGCUCACUGAUUGGCUGUUCUGAGGAUGAGAGUGAAGAGGAGGGUGACUUGAAAACCACACCCUUCAUCCACGCAGAAGGAACAACCUUCCCCUGGAACAUCGACGGAGAGCUGGUGGAAAUUGCUAAUGAAGUGCUCAUCAGAGUCCACCCAAGACUCAUCACUCUGUACGGCGAGGAGGUGGAAGAGGCCGAGUCAUCUGUCUCCUGCAGCUGCAUCUGAGAACAACAAGGGGGCGCUGAUCUGUGUGACACUCACCACGGUAACCAAAAUGACUCAACAGUGCUCUUUGUACAGACUCUGAACUCACAAUUUGAAACUUUGGUCAUCCGCCCAUGAUUUUAACGAUAUAUUCAUAGAGGAAAAAUAAAUAAAAUAAAAAAGC